AUGGAUUUCAGUGGCCGCUAUGAACUUCAGAGCCAGGAAAAUAUGGAGCCGUUCUUGAGUGCUCUGGGAAUUCCAGAUGAUGAGAUUGAGAAGCUCAAGGACAAAAAGAGUGUUACUAAAAUUGUUCAAAAUGGAGACGACUUUAUAGUGGCUAUAGAAACUGGCAAUUGGGUGCUUGUUAAUAACUUCACCCUUGGACAUGAGACCCAAGUGGAAACUCCCACAGGCGAGAGAGCCAAGGCCAUAAUGAACCUGGAAGGGGAAAAUAAGCUGGUUGUUAACAUACAAGACAUGACUUCUGUUGCAGAGUUCAAUGGGGAUCUACUGAUUAAUGUAAUAACUCUGGCUGGCAUUGUUUACAAGCGGAUAAGCAAAAAAAUGGAAAAUCCCAAUGAAGGUCAAUGUAGCUCAUCAUAA